UUGAUUAGGGCCGAAGGAUGAUUCGACCUAGGCAAUGACUUCCCCAACCAAAGCAUCCCUCGUCGAAUUCGACGCUUUUCUCUUGGAACCUUUAUUCUCUCGAGCGCAGGACAGCAAUUGUACUGAGCACUGAACAGUAGCUACAGCCUCCGGCCACACACCCAUUGAGUAAGGUGAUAUGAGUCAGAAGAAGAACCCUCUUGUGUUUCUAGACGUCUCAAUUGAUGGGGAUCUUGUGGAACGAGUUGUUAUAGAGCUUUUCGCCAGUAUUGUUCCCAAGACAGCUGAAAAUUUCCGGGCACUUUGUACAGGUGAGAAGGGCAUUGGAAAAUCAACCGGAAAACCUUUGCAUUAUAAAGGAACUUGUUUUCAUCGUAUAAUUAAAGGAUUCAUGGCCCAAGGUGGUGACUUUUCAAGGGGAAAUGGAACUGGUGGAGAAAGUAUAUAUGGAGGAAAGUUUGCUGAUGAAAAUUUCAUAUUAAAGCAUGACGGACCUGGUCUUCUAUCCAUGGCUAAUGGUGGCCCAAACACAAAUGGUUCCCAAUUCUUUAUUACCUUCAAGCGCCAACCACAUCUUGAUGGGAAACAUGUCGUUUUUGGAAAAGUUGUUGGUGGAUUAGAUCUUCUGAAGAAAAUUGAACUGGUGGGGACAUCAGAUGGGAAACCUGUUCGGCCUGUUAAAAUCAUUGAUUGUGGUGAAGCAACUGAAGCGAAAAUUCAGCCGAAAAUUGGGAAAGAGAAAGGUAAAAAGAGAAAAUCUGGGGAAUCUUCAACUUCUGAUGACAGUUCUGACAAAAAAUCAAAAGGAAAAAGGAAAACAUCUUCCAAGGAUUUGAGAAAGAGGAGGAGAUACUCAACAUCUGAUUCACACAGCUCAGAUAGUGAUAGUGAUUCUGACUCAGAUUCAGGGUCAGAAUCAUCGCUAUCUGAUUCAAGUUCCUCUAGCUAUGGUAAACAUCGGAAGAGAAAACCUGAGAAAAGAUCUAGGCACAAGCAGGGGAAGAAGAGGAGAAACGGGCAUAAGCAAAGGAGAAGCCGGCAUAAUAGACGAUCAAGACGCAUGUCCAGAUGGAGCUCAGAGGAUUCAAGUGAUACUGAAAGUGAUAGUACUAGUAGUAGUGAGAGCAGUUCUGAUGAUAAGAAAGCUCAUUGCCGUGUCUCUGGUCGUAAAACACAUGCUGACAGCAAACAAAAAAGAAGUUCAGAAACAGGAAAGCAAUCUCCCAGUCCUCCCUUAGUUAAAGCUUCUCCAGAUCAAGGGGAAGAUUUCAAGGUCAGAAGAACCGCGGACAAGCAAUCACAUGAAGAAGGUGAAUUGUCUCCAGAAAAUUCUGAAUUUCUGAAUAACGGGCAUGAUACUGAAGCCAAAUUCAGUAGACCUGCUAAGCAACCCACUCAUUUGGAUGGUUCUAAUGACAAUAGAGGAUCAAUUCCUAGAAGAAGUGAUGCAAUGAGUCCCAGUGGGAAGCUAGUUGAGGAAAACCAAAGAGGUGCUUUACUAACAAGUCCCCGCCAACCUGCUGCCUCCAAACAUAGUCAGGGUUUGUCAAAAAGCCCUUCACCAAAUGGUGUACCAAAGCGUAUUAGAAAAGGGCGUGGCUUCACUGAGCGCUAUGCCUUUGCACGCAGAUACCGUACUCCAUCUCCAGAUCGGUCACCCCAUUCCUAUCGUUAUGGUGAUAGAAAUAUAAGAAGGAACUUCGACGGGCGUACAAGCUACCGGAGCUACUCUGAGCGUUCACCGCAGAGACGCUAUGGAAGCCCUCCAAGGCACAGGAGCCGUCCAAGACACCAUAGCAGAAGAAGCCGGAGUAGGAGCAUCUCUCACAGUCCAGUGCGGGGCCGUUUUAGGGAUCGUGGUCGCAACCAGAGUCCUGUACGUAGCCCCACUCCAGAAGGCAGGCGACCUCCAAUGAGUGAUAGAUUAAAAUCCCGACUUGGUCCCCAAAGUGUUCGGCACUCCCCAGACAGAGGAAGUGCCAGGUCGAAUUCCAGGGAUCAUUUGUCUCCCUCUAGAUCCCCUGAUGCUACCCCACCCAGGCGUCAUGAUAAAAGGACUUCUGUAUCUCCAAGCAGAUCUAGAUCUAGUUCGUCAUCUGGACAGAAGGGAUUAGUUUCCUAUGGAGAUGCCAGUCCUGAUUCCGGGGCAAGAUAGGAUGAUUUGGCAUUUUCGUGCUGUGAUCAUCUUUGCUUGUUGAAUUUUCAUGUUCAAAGGCUUCUCCAUUUAAGCUGUUCUUGCUUUACGCGGCCAACUAUGAUGGGGAUGGAAUAGGUUAAGUUUCUGUUUUUCAUCUUAAUAUUUUGCUGUAUAUUGAACAAUACCGCUUCCAAGUCGCUCAUUAGGUAAUGUAUUUUAAUAUUGUUAUGUCGAGUUUGAAGUCAAGAAGCAAGUUUAAGUUUAUGCCUAGCUCAAAAUCAUGGAACAUUGUGAUAUUGUUCAUAUCUCAAGCAUUUCAUCACACGCAGCUCAUUGCUCACUGCUCAGGAAAGAGGUGGCUGGUACCAGUAUUAUAGGCUGGCUCCCAAUUUUUUCCCCGGAUCGUAGGCCUGAUGGAUUCUAUCUGCCGCCUAACUUAUUGCCAAUUUGCUAAAGGUGUCCAAAAAUGAAAUGUAAAAAAUGUUGACUUGUUUAGGAUUUAUGAAUAAUAUGACUUAUUUCUUAAAUUUAAUGUAAUCUUGUGAGUUUUUAAGUCUGUGGGACGUUAAUGGUUUUCUUGUCUGGUGGUCUGGUCUCCAUGGGAGUGUUGCUUUGAUCGGCUUUUGCUCAGCAAUAGUGCUUAAAUAUUUUACUCAUUAUUGCCAAUCAUGGAACAUUGUGAUAUUGUUCAUAUCUCAAGCAUUUCAUCACACGCAGCUCAUUGCUCACUGCUCAGGAAAGAGGUGGCUGGUACCAGUAUUAUAGGCUGGCUCCCAAUUUUUUCCCCGGAUCGUAGGCCUGAUGGAUUCUAUCUGCCGCCUAACUUAUUGCCAAUUUGCUAAAGGUGUCCAAAAAUGAAAUGUAAAAAAUGUUGACUUGUUUAGGAUUUAUGAAUAAUAUGACUUAUUUCUUAAAUUUAAUGUAAUCUUGUGAGUUUUUAA